AUGGCGUCGGACCUCGAUCAGCUCAUUGAGAUGGGCUUCGACAAAGAACGGUCUGAGCUGGCUGUUUCCAAGACCGGUGGCUUGCAAGGGGCCCUUGAAUGGCUCGAGACCAACCAGGACAAAUCGCUGGAGGAGAUCAAGGCGGCACAAUCACAAGAGGCUGAGGAUGAGGAAGGUCCUGCGCUGAAGCCAGGCGAGGAAGCCCGCAGUUUGGUCUGCAACGAGUGUGGCAAGAAGUUCCGCAGCCAGGCGCAAGCCGAGUUCCAUGCAUCCAAGUCAGAACAUGUCGAUUUCUCCGAGUCGACCGAGGAGAUUGCGCCAUUGACCGAAGAGCAGAAGAAGCAGCGGCUCGAUGAGUUGAGGGAGAGACUAGCUGAGAAGCGACUAGCACAAACAGCGCAGGAUAAGGCAGACCAAAGGCGAAAUGAAGAAAUACGGAAGAAAAGCACCAAGGAGACCCAAGAUGCGAAAGAGGAGCUGAAACGGAAACAAGCAUUAAAGGACGCGGCUGCUAAUAAGAGGGAGAAGGCGGAGGAGAUCGAAGCGAAGAAGCGCAUCCGGGCGAAAAUCGCCGCGGACAAGGAAGAGAGACGCCUAAAAACUGAGCGUGAGCGCGCCCAGCGUGCGGGCGUGGCACCGCCUCCGCAGCCCGCUGCUGCCCCCGUGCCUACAGCCACUGGACCUACUACGUCGAAGCCUGCAUCUGCUUAUACUGAGACUCGUCUUCGCUUCCAGACUCCUGGUGGCAAUAUUAUGAAGACACUUCCUGUCGACACGACUCUGUUCGAGGUUGCUGCGGCACUGAAAACUGAAGAAGGCAUUGAGGUUCAGAGCUUCACCCAGAAUUUCCCUCGAAAGGUCUUCAGCGCAGAGUUCUUCGGGGAGACAUUGAAGGAGCUUGGACUUACCCCAAGUGCUAGCUUGGUUAUUCAAUGA